AUGGAUGAGUACAUGGACAUCUUCCUUGACAAAAAAGCCACCAAGGAGGACGUGAUUCAGGCCAAAAACAACAUCACUGCUGUGUAUCUGCGAGAUGCCACUAUUGCCGAUCUGGCCUCAUUAGGCAUUGAUAAAAAGUUGGCAGAGGAAAUCCUCUGCUUAAUCCGGGAAUGCUGGAAAACCACAGUACAAGGCAAGGUCUUUAAUGAUCCCGUCCACGGACACGUGGAAUUCCAUCCACUGCUCAUCAAGAUCAUAGAUACGCCUCAGUUUCAGAGACUACGAUACAUCAAGCACCUUGGAGGGGUCGGUUAUGUUUUUCCUGGUGCAUCCCACAGCCGCUAUGAACACUCAAUUGGUGUGGGGUACUUAGCAGGGCAGCUUGCACAAGCUCUGAGAACAAAGCAAGAAGAUCUCGACAUCACUCCUGAGGACAUACUGUGUGUGCAAAUAGCAGGACUUUGCCAUGAUCUGGGACAUGGACCUUUUUCCAAGGUGUUUGAGGAAAUAUUCCUCCCUCAAAAAUGUUGUGACUGGAAGUCUAAGAAGGCCUCUGCAGACAUGUUUGAUCACCUGGUGAAAAGCAAUGGUUUGGAGAAGGUGAUGAAGGACUACAAACUAGACUUGCCAAAGGACCUGGAAUUCAUCAAGGAGAUGAUUCAAGGACCUGAAGACACUCAAGCAGUCGCUCAGAGCACGUGGCCAUACAAAGGUCGAACAAAGGACAAGUCCUUCCUCUAUGAAAUUGUGGCAAAUGAGAAAAAUGGCAUUGAUGUGGUCAAGUUUGACUACCUUGCCAGGGACUGCUACCACCUGGGCAUCCCUCAGGGCUUUGACUAUCGCCGCUGCCUGGUGUUUGCCAGAGUGUGCAGGGUGAACAGCGAGAGACACAUCUGUUUUAGAGACAAGGAGCUGGACAAUCUGUGUAACAUGUUCCACACAAGGAGCUAUCUCCACAGAAAAGCUUAUCAGCACAGAGCAACCAAGAUCAUAGAGGUUAUGAUCAGUGAUGCCUUCUCGACUGCAGAUGAGCACAUCCAGAUUGAGGGCUCAGGAGGGGAGAUGUUCACUCUGUCCACAGCCAAAAAUGACAUGGAGGCCUACACCAAGCUGACAGAUCACGUGUUUGAGAAAAUACUUUACUCCCCCUCUAAUCCUCCUGAGGUGAUUAAGAUGCUACAAAAAGAGUUAGAAGAAACAGGAUCACAAACAACGGACCCCUACAUGGAGAAGAAAAAGGAGAUAAUUGAUAAAGCACUCAAAUCCUCCGAGGAGAUGGCUCAGGCAAGGCAGAUUCUACACAGGAUCACGACUCGGAAAACCUACAAGUUUCUGGGCGAAAGGGAUGCUGAGAGACCCACAGAGGAGUUGAUCAAGUCUUGGAAAAACCAGCUAGCUAUCUUCCCCCCUGCGGGGGACACUCGUCAGGUCACACUCAGACCAGAGGACUUGGAGAUUGUUCACUUCAACAUAGGCCAUGGGAAACAACAUGAGGCCUUCAUCAGUAACACAUACUUCUACACAAAGAGAAACCCCAACAGACCAUUCCGGUUCCCCCGAGAUAAGGUGUUGAAGCAUCUCCCAAAGCUCAUGUCUGAACAGUUCAUUGGGGUUUACUGUAAGAACUCUGACAAUGAGGUUGUGGAGGCUGCCCAGAAGAAGUUUGACCAGUGGGACGAAAAACUGGACUCUCAGGAUGGAGGCAAAGCAACACCAGAAAACAUCACAUAAAGCUAAAAAAAAGUGAGAGGUGGAGAUGAACAUAGAUAAUUUCAUCUGCUUCAUUUUAGAUUCCCUUCCAUAUGCAACAGUCUAUGUCAUAUAUUAAACUGAAUCACUGUUUCCUACCAUGUUUGAAUGACAAACAUGCAAUAAUGUACUUCUGCUUGAACAAUCAAUCAUACUUUGUUUUAUUAGAUAUUGGCCACAGUCGUGCUGUAUGCUGCAUGAGUGAUAGAAUCUAAUUUGCGGUUUGGGUAUUGUGACUAUUUAGUGACUUAGAGUAAUUCUAAUUAAGCACAGACAUCUCAUAAAAUGCUAUUUCGUUUGUGAGUGAUUUUCUAAAUGUUUUUGGUUGUUGAUAUAUGUCUGACUUUGCUAUCUAUAUUUAAACUUUCAACAUUUUAUUGUCACUUUGUCAGUUUUUAAACUUUGUGUUUUAAUAUCUCUUAUUGGUAGCAUAAUUUAAAAUAUAUAAACAUUGCUGCAUUUUGAAAUGGGCUGCUUGGAAGCACUUUGUAUCAUCACAAAAUAUUUUAAAUAAAUGAUUCAUUACUAUUAUGAUUACACUACAUAAUACACAUUUUCAUUGUACUCCCACCUGUACGGGUUAAGACAAAGUUUGGGUUCUGAUGUAUUUUUCUCAUAGUGUAACAAUUAUAUAUUUUAGAUGGUUUGGUAGCUAUUGAUGCCUGGUCCAAUUGAAAUAAAGCUCUUUUUUUCUU